GAAGAGCCGUGUUGUGCGAUUUACAUUUUAUAUUGAUUUAAAGCUAGAAAUAAUCAGUAAAUUCUUGAUGUGGUUACAAUUUUAUAAGUUGAAUAUGUGUCAUUUGGUAAAAUAAAUUGAUAAGUGGUUUUGUUCAAAAAGGUAGUUGUGGUAAAAACUCUUCUACAGGAUAGUUUCAGGACUAACUCGCAUAUUUAAACAAAACAUGGAGUUUAACCUUUUUAUAGUGCAUGUUCUUAACGUGUAAUAUCUGGAAAAAUAAUCCUUUUUGGCAUACAAUUUUUGAAGAAAGGAAUCUGAGUAAAGAAAAUAAGUCUGUUUGGUUUUGUAGAUUUUAAAAGAGUGGUGUGUCUAUUUUCAAGGAGGAAACAUAAUGGAAUAAAAUAGAUAUUAUUGGUUUUAUUAAAAGUGAAAGGAAAUAUUCUUAGAAAUGAAAUUUAGAGGAUCAUAUUUUAUUUAUGACAAAGUGAAUAUAGAUGGAUUGUAAAUUAGUUGUUAUUUUAUAUAUAAUGGAGUUAAAAGUUUAUCCUUGUUCAAUGAUUGACAUAUUCUGAACAUGAAAAAGAACUAACUUGUGGAUAUGACAGAAGGAGAAGAUAAAUCUGUCAGUGAAUCGUUACGACAGGCAGCAAGUCAAGGACAGUUUGAUCUUGUGAAAGAACUGGUAAAAACUGGUGCCAAGUUCAGUUCUGAUCAAGAAGGGAGAACAGCUCUUCAUUAUGCUGCACUGAAUGGACAUGUAGAUAUCUGUAAAUUCUUACUGCAGCAGGGAUGUAGUAUUGAUGAAAGAGAUGUGCUUGGUUACACACCCCUUCAUCGAGCAGCCUCCAAAGGACAUGUAGAAGCCAUAGAAUUGUUGCUGACAUCCAAAUGUAAUGUGGAUUCACAGGAUGAGCAUGGAAAUGGUGUCAUCCAUGAAUCAGCCUGGAAUGGUUUUAGUCAGACAUUAGAACUGUUGAUUAAACACCAUUGCAAUGCUAUUCUAACUAAUAAGUCUGGAUUUACAGCUCUACAUUUAGCCAGUCAGAAUGGUCACAAUCAAAGUGCUAGAGUUCUUUUGUAUGGAGGCUGUAAUGCAGACCUAAAAAACAAUUAUGGAGAUACAGCCCUCCACACGGCAGCAAGGUAUGGACAUGCAGGUGUCACACGUAUUUUGAUCAGUGCCAGAUGUAGGCUCAAUGAACAGAACAAGAAUGGUGACACUGCACUACAUAUCUCUUCUGCUUUGAAGAGGAAGAAGAUCGCUAAACUGUUAGUGGAAGCUGGCAUUGAUAUUUAUAUUGUCAACAAACAAGAGGAAACUGCCAUUGAUGUGGCUAAACGAAAAGAUCACCCUGAAGUCAUCAUAACAAUUACAUCACUGUUAAAGACCAAAGCUCAGGUUCACCCAUCACCGAAAAUGGUAAAUUUCAGUGAAAUACCUGUGGAUAUAGAUGGACCUGUUGUAGUCCCAGAUGAAGACCUACCUGUACAAAAGACAGAAAAGGCAGAAAAAGGCAGCAAAUUUUUCUCAUUCUUGAAGAAAAAGAAAAAGGAGAAAGAUAAACCAGCUCCGCCAGGAAGCCAAGUCCACCCAGCUGAAGGUAAAGAUGCUGUACAUGGCUUCUUUAGUCAGUACAUACCUAAGACUGGACAACAGUAUUACAGAGAUUUAGCUGGUAAUAUAAAGCAGGGACCAAUAGGAUACACCCCAAUUUGUCAGUGUAUGCCUGCACUGCAACAGUUGGAGAAGCGAGUCGGUCAGGAUAAGGAACAUAUCUAUGAACAUAUUGAUGCUUCUCAUCAAAUCCUGAAAAAUCGUAUGGAUCAGUUAGAUAAGAAAACUACUCAACAAAUUAUGACAUUUGACAGGUGGUCCAGGGAUAGAUUUGACGAAGAAGAGAGAAAUUGUUACAAUAGGAUAGACCAGCGUAUAGCUGAUCAACAGCAUUAUAUGGCACAUAAGAAUCGUGGCGGUAUGGAUGUGGAUGAUUGGUUAGAGGCAAAAUUGUCCAAGUAUGGUCAUUGUUUAGACCAUCAUCAUGACGAUACUGCUUUACCAAGUAAUAAUAUUUUCACAGACAUUCAUCAGACUGAAAAUGGCCGAUUAUUUCGCUCUCGAUCAGAUGAGACGCUUUCGCAGUCUGAUAAUCACAGUGGGAAAUUUCGUAAGAGACAAUUUUAUGAAUCACGUCAGCAAGCAAUGCAGGAAAUCAGGGCAUGGCAACUCCCUCCUUAUAGUAAAGACAGGGGUGCCAAGAAUUACAAUCCGGUUGUUGGACGUAGAGACAAUUACGGUGUUCAGAACCCACAAACUCUCAAUAGGAAUGCUAAUCAGCAAAGUGGGAGACAACAUUUUGUUUCGCCUGUUACUAGUCAUCAAAAUGUACGAUCAUCUUCACGACCUGACUUCAUAUCACCGAGUACUGCUUCGACUAGUCGUAGUCCAUACUUGUCACAUGACCAAGUUUAUGGUAAUCAAUACAGUGGCUAUGAUCAAGGUGCUAUUCCAAAGAAACUUUCAACCUCACAAACUUUGCAUGGAAUGCAUGAGCAUCAAACAUCAGUGCGUCAAGAAUUAACCCCACGAACUCAUAAUACUGUGUUAAAUCAUAGAACUUCUGUGCAAAGAGACACUAGCCCAAUAACUCAUAACACUGUGUUAGGACUUAGAACUGCCGGGCAUAGAGAUGCUAGCCCACUAACUCAUAGUACUCCAAUGGUUCAUAAAACUACAGCACAGAGGGAUGCUAGCCCUCUCAAUCAUAGUACUCCUAAAUCACGAGAAUCUAGUCCCUUUCAUUAUCAGUAUCUUCCUCAUCAAAGAAUGGUGAAAAGUAAAACUGAACCAGAAAAUCUAUCACCUAGACAAAAUGAAAGUAGAACUAUUCAAAGUGAAAGUAGGAAAGCACAAAGUGGGAGUAGAAUUAACCAAAGUGGGUUAAGAAAUAUUCAAAAUGACAGUAGACAAGUUCAGAAUGACCGAACUAUUUAUAGUGACAGCCGGCAGAUUUAUCAACAUCCCAGGAGUACACAACACGAAAACAAACACUCACAAAGGGAACAAUUUGAUAGACAAAAUGAAGUGAGACGAUCAAAUAUGGAGACUAGAACUCUACAGAAUGAAAGUAGAAACAGUGAAACACGGCGGAGUUUUCCCGAAAGGGGGUCCUCAAACAUAAGCAUAGGUACUAAUGUGACCUCCAAUUCCUCCAGCACCGGACAGGGCCCCCUCACAGAGUCUGGUGCUGGAAAAGCAGUGGAUAAGCCAACUUUCACAACAUUUGGAUAUCCAGAGAGGGAAAAAUUAUACAAUACUCAAGACAAUACAAAUUCGAUCUCGAAUAAGGGAUAUCCAAAUGAUUCGUCAGAUUUACGCAGGUCAGGUAUGUCAGUUCAACAGUCUGACUCCACAUAUGGUUACCAUAGUGAAGUUAUGAAUAGACCUCAAAGCUCUGAAAUACCAUCACGGCAUGAUGGGAAACAAAUUCCUGUGGAGAGAAUGCCUCACAUGGAUAGGAGGAGUGUAUAUGACCAAAAUAGUGUGAAUAACUUAAAAAAUAGUGCUAUCAAUUCUGUAAAUAAUGUUAAUAGGGAUGAUAUGUAUUUAUCCCAAGGUCAUAGCAGUAUGCAAAUGAGUCGGCAGAGGUCAAGGUCAACUGAUGGAAUACUAUUAGAUGAUACUGACCUGUCGUCAGCCCAUCAGAUGAAAUUGAAAAUGAAGGAUCCGUCUUCCAUGCAGAGAUCUGGAACUCCUAGUUCUCCGCGAACUGGUCAAAAUUAUAGUGUGCCAUUAGAGUCAAUGAAGAGGUCGGCAUCACAGUAUGGGAAUUCAAAGUCAUAUUCAAAUGAUAGAACUGAUAUGAAACCAUAUUCUAAUGAUCAAAACAAUAAAAAUUUACAAAGUGGUCAAUAUUAUAGUUCUUCACAGGGAAAUAUAAACAGAAAUCCUGUAAACUAUUCUGUGUUGGGUUCAAAAGGACAGAUUUACAAUUCUACGAGAGAUGUAGAUGUGAAUAGACAAAAUAGUGGACAGACUGGUUAUAAUAGAGACAGGCCUACUUGGGCCGGUGAUACUACAAAUAUGGAAAAUCCUUAUGGAUCUGUUCAAAACUUUACUAGAAGGGUAAACGAUGGGAGGACUCCAGUGUCUGUUCCAUCAGGACAAACAUAUAAUACAUACAAUCCUAACUUCCAAGGUCAUGAUAAUGUCAUGUAUUCGGAUCAAACGAAUGUGUCAAAAAUCGGCAGCAAAUCUGAAUCUCAUCUUAAUCAGGAACAACAUAUUCAGGGUCAGGAAGUUAUUACACGAACUGAUAGGAAUUUACAAUCUACGCCAAUUCAAGACAAAAGUCGUGAGGACAAUAGUAGCAAUCCUGAUUCUGGAUAUAGCAGUAAAAUCUAUGGACGUAAUUUGAAUUCUGGGAAUGCUCCCAGUACAAGUUGUACGCCUUCAUCUUCAUUCAGUACUGAACCAACUGACCAUAACAUUACACUUUCUAGCAAUAAUUCACCGCAUCCUCAAGUCAAUCAUAGUGAUUAUGCACAAAUAAACUCCGUUCAACAGCAAUAUCAGAAAGAUUUAAGCAGUCAUGUGCAGCAUUGGUACCAACGCAAGUUAAAAGACGCAGCAAAAAAUUUAAAUGAUGGUGAAUAUGGUUACCAUAGUGACUACCAUUCACUAUCUAAUGGCAUUCAGAAUUCAAAUGACUUUAGCCAGUAUGAGUAUGCUCAGCAGUCACGGCAACCACUUUACCAUGGAAACCAAACAUAUUCAUCCUAUCAUCAGGUGCCAAACUAUAUUAGGGGUAGUGAUGUUUAAGCUUUUUUGUUAAGACAAAUACUUGUAUAUCAUUAAAAGUGGAUAAGUGAGAGCGCAAUUUUGAAUGUUGAUACAUUACAGUUAAAAAUACCAUUUAAACUUUACUUGCUAAACUUUUAAAACUUUUUUUUUUAUUUUUAAGUUUUUCUUAUUGAGAAUUAACAUAAAUCAAACAUUUUCCCACAAAAAAACAUAUUGCAUGUAUCUACAAGAACAAGGCAAUAGUAUUCCAAAUUUCAUAUUUUACAGAUACAAAACAAUUAAUAUUACAAUUUCUUAUCUUGUUUAGUUGAGUUGUAAUUGUGUUAGCUAAUGAAGUCCUUAAUUUUACAAAUACAACAGAUAUUAAAAUAUGAUCUUUGGUGGAAAAAAAAAUAAGAAAUUAUUCAUUCAAUAUUUUAUAUGAAAUACAACUCUUGAAAAUGUGUUGAAAUGCAUUUUAUUUGUCCUGAAAAAUUUCUAUUAUACACAUUCUUUACUUCAACCAAAAAUGCAUGUAUUGGAAGAAACAAAAAAAAAAUUUUUUCUAUAGAACAAAAUUAGUAUCUUAUUUAUCUUAAAUAUACUUCCUUCUUCCAUGGAUCAAAAAUGAGUAAUUCUAUAAUAAAACAGUCUGACUAGAAGAAUCUUAUAAAAAAUAUUAAGAACUGGCUAAAAUUUAACAGUUCAAAGACCUAUAGACACUGUAGAUGAGAACAUAUUCACUCUUUUGUCCUGUAGUCUUAUUACGGUAAUAGAAAAGUUGCCUAAUUUUCAAUCAAGCCAUAUGGCCUUAAAUAUACAUCAGUUUAUAAAAAGAUUUGAUAUUUGAAUUUUGGAUUAGUUUUUCUUCUUAUGUCAUUGACUUUAUAAAGUAGAAAAUAUAAGGAACUAUGCAAUAUCUUUUUCGAUGCAUUCUUAUUUAUUUUCUAUUCAACUUCGUUGACAAACACCUAUUGUUGAGGGGCGGAAGGACUUUUUUCAAGACAUUGAGAAAGAGUCUGUAUUUUUGUGGGAAUUCAGGAUUAACACCUAUCAGGGCUAUAGAAUUAAUUAUUAAAUUUUUCAGGAUCAGUAAAAAGGUUUUAUUUUUUCUGGAAAUUGUGAUUCAGCUUUUUUUUUUUUUGGGGGGGGGGGGGGGGGGGGAGGGGGGGAACUCGGGAUGACACCACCUCAUUGUAGUCUGAAGUCAGAGUCAGAGACAAAAGAGUGAAUAUACAGGAUUCAUUUCACAUGUAGAAUAUCAGUGUUUAUUUUAAUGGGAAAUUAUUGUACAAUGUAUUUCUUUUGCAACACAUCGACACUGUAAUAAUUAAGAACAAUUAUACGUAAAAACUAUGCAAUUUUCAUUAUAUUAUUCAGGGAGCAUAUGCCUAUGAUAUAAGGUAUUUGUAGUAGAAGUAUACCAAUUAUAAGUUAAAAAUCAGAAAUCAUAAUGAUAUGAUUUUUUUCAUUUGCAUGUCAGUAGUAUAAAAUGUACUGAUAUCAAUAAAAAAAAAGAAAACAGUUGAUGAAAUGGGGGACAAGGAGAAAGAGGGGGGGGGGGGGGGGGGGUUACUCUCAUAUCCUGAAAAAGCUUUCGAUUAAAUAUGAGUUGUGCAAUCUCCAUGGAAUCUGGUCUGACCGUUUUCAGUAGAUAAUUACAAAAUUAUUGAAAUUUCUGGGCCAAUUCAAGCUAGGAUACAGGCUUCCUGGUCUCCUAGGACUCAAUGCAAUACACCUUAUGUAUACUUCCUUUUAGUGUUAAAAUUUAAUGUUGAUGACAGCUGUUUGUAGAUACAUUCCAAAGACAAAGUUGUUAAUAUGAUCUCUUCCUUUGUAAGAAUUCCACAAUUUUAUAUACUUUAUAUUUUUUAAUUUCAUAUUUAUUUUGUAAAUACAGAACUAUAUAUAUAUUUAAUUGUAUAUUAUGAUUUUAUUUGUAGAUAAGUCUUAAUUGAAUUUGUACAUAAUGGACUUAAUUCUUAUUUCAGAAUUUCUUUACUUUUGUAUGGUUCAUUGUUUAUAUAUAAUUAUAGUAAGAUAUCAUGGACAUAUUGAAAUAUUAUUGGAUAAAUCAUUCUGUUAUCUUGGUUACUGUAUUUUUGUAAGAAACUUGAAUCUUUUUUAUGUUAAUGGAUUUCUAAGCAGUAACUGACAGCAUAGAUAUUUUAAUGCUGAUGAUUCAUUUUUCUUCUUUCUAUACUUACGUUUUCGUGGAUUUCCUUGCAUUGGUUAUCCAUAUGCAUUUAUUUAAGUCUUCUACAAAAUACAAAUAGUCUGUAGGCUUGUAUGCAAAAUUUGUCAAAACUAGGAAAUCAAAUAACUUACAAAAAAAUCCAGAACAUUUUUUUUCUCAAUUCACAGAGAUUGAAAACUCAAUCCGAUUAAAAUCUGGUGUUAUGAUACUAAGCUCUACCUAGAGUUAGGGUGGAGAGUAUACAUGAUGAAAACAGCUGAUUUUAAUGAGAUUUUUUUGGAAACUAUAAAAGUGAACAAAUCCACUAUGACGUCAUUGUUUUAUCCCAGUUGGCCAUGUAGAUGAUUUUUGUGAAAUCCAUUUUUUUUCUUCAGUUUUUAGAUUAAUAAAUUUGUUAUUUUUUUGUAUUGCAUGUCCAUCAUUUUGAUGCCAGUUAAUUGAAAGUAUUACUGUUAAUUCAGAAACGAAUAUGUGCAUUUAUUUUUGAAAUCACUGAUUACUGGUAAAAAUGUGAGAUCUUAAUAAUACCAUUAUAAAAUUUUGUCUAGGAAAAUAGCUAUUGAAAUUAUGAAUGCUAAGUGUUUUUGUGAACCCUAAUUCUGUCGCAAUUUUCGCAUUAAUAAAAACAUUGCAGUUAUUUCUGAAUUUAUAGUAGUUAAAAAAAACUGUUUUCAUUUCCUGUGAAGAUGAUUAUAUCUCAAAUUGAAAUAAGUCAUUUUGUUGGAAGGGAGAAGUGGUGGUGUAAAAGUUCCUUUCUACUCUCCCACUUCCAUUUCAAAUUAAUGCCAAAUUUUCUUAGAUAAUUCCAUAAAAUUAUUACGAGUAAAGGGCCGAAUUUUGGUAAAAAUUUUAAGGAGUUACAGAUAAUAUUCAUUUUCUUUACCAAUUUUUCACAUAAUGGACAUGGUCUAUGUAACUCUGGUAGAUUGAAUAUUUUUCUACUCUUAAGUUCUGGUCCGGUUUUUUCAGUUGUAAUUUCAUCAUAUGUGUAAUAUGCAAUAAUUCAGAGCAUAAUUAUAUCAAACUAUGUACAUUAAUGAUUAGCAUUCCAUCCACCCGUAUUCAUAUAAAUACAUACAUAAACAAAAUUGUUAUUUUUAUUAUUAUUAUUAUUAUAAAAUUUAAAAUAAUGAAAUUAAAAGUAUAUGAAUUUA